GAGCAGGAAGAAGGGGGCGGAGCAAAGUGUGGCUGCGUGGUCGGAGAGCGGAGCUGACGGAGCUGCUUUUUCAUUGAUGAAAAGACGUGAAUUUAGAGGAGAAACAAACUAAAGCAUCGAUCCAACAUCUCUACCAACGUUCGUAUCGAUACUUGGAUCGAUCACCCACCCUGAUCUCCUGGAUGUGACCUGAGAACAGCGCUAAUCUGUCUGUGGGCUCAGCUACAGGAGGAGAGUCUGACGGAGCAGCAGAGGAACAUUUUCAGCCUCUACAGAGGAAACAAUGAGUUCAACACAACAGGACCAACAUGGACCAAGAAGUCAGUGCUCUCAGGAGGCUGACAAACCUCACAGACCGAAGGGAGUAAAAAAAUACUCCUGUGAUCUGUGUGGGGAGGAUUUUACUAUUAAAAGUAAAUUGAAAUAUCAUCAAGUCAUCCACACUGGAGAGAGACCGUUCAUCUGUGACGUGUGUGGAAAGUCUUUUAGACAUGCUGGAAACUUAAAAAUACACCAGCGCAUCCACAGUGGAGAGAAACCGUACCGCUGUGAUCAGUGUGGCAGAACUUUUACUCAGAAUAAAGGUUUAAAGAGUCAUCAAAUUACCCACUCUGGGAUUAAGGCAUACAGCUGUGACUAUUGUGGAAAAGCCUUCAGCCGCAUGGAGAGCAGAAAUGCACACCUCCGCAUUCACACUUUACAUGACGUGUACUGCUGUGGUCAGUGUGGCAAAAAGUUUGCAACAGAUUACCAGAGACAACAGCACAUGUUUACCCACACUGAGGAGACACCUUAUCACUGUGACCUGUGUGAUAAGACUUUUAAAGCUCCACGUUACCUGAAAGCACACCAACAGAUCCACAGCAGAAAGAGACUCUACAAGCUCUGUUACUGUGAGAAGCAGAGCCACACAGAUGGAUCCAGUUCUCAGUCCUGUCUUCUCUGUGGUGGUGGGAAAGCGUUUCGCUGUGACUUUUGUGGAAAAACCUUCAAUCGUCAACACAACUUAAAAAUACAUCAGCGUAGACACACUGGACACAAACUGAACUACUGCAAAGAAUGUGGGAGAAGCUUCACCACAACAAGGGAAUUAAAACGACAUGAACUUACUCACAGUGGGGUUAAAAAGCACCUCUGUGAUCAGUGUGGGUCAUCCUUCUUCACUUCAACUCAGCUUAAAGUGCAUAAACGAGUCCACACAGGGGAGAAACCAUACAAGUGCAGAUACUGUGACAGAAGCUUCUCACAAACAGGUAGUCGUAACCUUCAUGAACGUACACACAUUGAAGGGAACUUCAGCUGUGACCAGUGUGAUAAGAGCUUCAAGAAUCUCAGUUCAUACUCCCAACACAAACGAUCCCACGCUGCACAGAAACUGUUUCACUGUUACCAAUGUCCAAAAACAUUCACUUCAUUAUCUGCUCUGUCCAAACAUCAGCGUGAUCAUGCAGGGCGGAAAUCAUUCCCAUCAUUGGAUCACAAUGAAUCUGCAGACACACAAAGAUCCUCUUCUGGUUGCACAGUCAAACUUGAAAACCUUGAGAUCCAGAUCCACUGAAUUUAUCCGCUUUAUUUAAUCAGACAAAGAAGUCGUUCUUAUUUCCAGGGGCGGCCUGCAGAAGUCAAAGCCUCUUGAGGAACUGGGGGUGAGGUAGCAAAGAAGUGCUGACAGGUAAAAACAGCAGCACAUCAGAAACAUCUCAGGAGCUUUUUAAAGUUUGCAGAUGAUCUGUUGUUGUUGGUCAGCUCCAGGACAGUGAGAGCAGCCAUGGCCCAGUCCUCUUUUCUUAAUGCUGUUUAAUGCUUUGUCUGUUACUGCCUUUGCUUUAGUGUGGCAGGCAGUGGCUGAUGUCUCUGUCAGUAAGAAGGCUGCAACACUGACACUGAUGAAGAUGAUGAAGAGCGCCUUGGACCUGUUUGAUUUUUGAGACCAUAAACACAGAUUUUUAUUUCCCAGCAGCCGGAUGAACAAACGAGUGUUUGUCUUCCAUCAUGUAGGGUGGAUUUGUUCUUCUUUUUCCUUCACUGUGUUUGAUUCUGUUUCUGGGAUGUUUGGAAAGGUUUUCAUUUUCACAUGGAUGAGCUGCUGAAUGCAAACCAAAUGUACCUGCAGGAGCAAAUAAACUCACCUGAACCUGAA